CGCAACGUUGUUGAUGUUGCCGUUAAGACAUUAAAAAAAGGUACAAUGUCAGCUGAAGCUUUUCUUACGGAGGCAAAAUUGAUGCAUCAUCUACGACACCGUAAAUUAGUGGCAUUAAUGGCUGUUUGUACCACAACAGAACCAAUGUGGAUUAUAACAGAAUUUAUGGCUCAUGGUUCAUUAUUGGACUAUUUACGUAACGAUCAAGGGAAAAGUGUUCGAUUUCCCAUCUUGAUUGAAAUGGCUUCACAGAUUGCUGAAGGCAUGGCUUAUUUAGAAACAGAAAACUUUGUCCAUCGUGAUUUAAGGGCAGCCAAUAUUUUAGUAGGGGAACACUAUGAAGUUAAAGUGGCUGAUUUUGGGUUAGCAAGAAUUUUACAUGAAGAAGAUAUAUAUGAAGCAACAGAAAAUACAAAAUUCCCAAUAAAAUGGACAGCCCCAGAAGCAGCUCUUGAUAGAAAGUUUAGUAUUAAAUCUGAUGUCUGGUCGUUUGGUAUAUUAUUAUAUGAGUUGAAUACAUUUGGUCGUGUUCCAUACCCAGGUAUGUCCGGUGCUGAAGUAUUAAGUAGAUUAGGUAAAGGAUACAGAAUGCCUAAACCCCAUGGUCCAGUUGGUUGUACUGAUGCUUAUUAUGAUAUUAUGGUAAAAUGUUGGAAUAAAAGACCAGAAGAAAGACCAACAUUUGAAUCACUACACAAUUUAUUUGAUGAUUAUUUUAUUGCUACAGAACCAGAUUAUAAAGAAUCAGAUGCAAUUUAAAUUUCUUAAAGCUUCCAAAGCAUUUCAAGUGAUAAAAGUGCCUCUAAUUUUUGCAUUGAGUUGAUCAAAACCUAAAAUAUCAUGCUCAAAUUUCAUUAAUAAAUUAAAAGCCACCCUUACUCCAAAUACUGGUAUAUCUUAAUAGGCAUAGUUAACUAUUUUCAGAGGUCAAUCAGUCCAAUUUGGAAAUGGGAAUUGUAUAGCUAAGCUAAUUAGUAAUAAUGUUCACAUCUGACUAUCAAUAUUUACCUAUAAUUAUCUGUAUUUGAAAAUAACAUUAUUAUUUCCUGUAAAAGACCUUAUUAACAAUAAAUAUGUGAUUAUC